GAAUUAGUAGAAACAAAACAACACUACUUAGAUGUAAUAAUUAUGUUUUGCCUUUUACUGUCACUAUUGUAAUUACAAUAAAAUUUAACAAAAUGUUUAAAAAUAAUAAUUGGACAAUUCUGUCCUUUAUUUUUCCACAGCUUAAAAGGAGAAUCUCAUCAGAGAAUAAACUAAAAGCCAAAAUACAGAGCUCUUCUCUGGAUCACAUUGUCUCUCUCUCUCUUCUUGUUCCUCAUGGAUUCUUCAAGAACCCGAACUUUAGCUAGAAGAUCUGAUCCGGUCAACUUUCCGGCGAAGAGAAACACUUGUUCCCGACGAUCUUUAUCUUCUUCUUCCUUCUCGUCAUUCUCCUCUUGCUCCUCUAGCUCCCUCGUGUUUCAAGGCGACUCUCCUUUAAAUUCUCCGGCGACUCCUCUUCGUCUCCUCGGUGUUCCAUUCUCUUGGGAACACCUUCCAGGGAAACCCAAAGACUACUCUCACAGACUCAACCACCGCCUAAAUAAAGAAUCUUCAGUUAUACUACCCCUCCCUCCUCACCGGAGUACACAUUUUCCGGUCACCGGAAAAAAUAAAAAAUCUAACAGUUUAAGUAAGAAGAACAGCUUCCCGGUGACUGAGAAAGAUCCCUUCGCGGCCGCGUUGUUGGAGUGUUCCAAAGACAACGACGACGAUGAAGACGAGAGGGAAGAAGAGAGAUUCCGAGGAAACUCCGGUGGAUCAAAGAGCAGCAUCGGCGACAGGUUUGGGUUAGUGAGUCUCUACGGUUCUUGUCGGAGAACUUGUACAGUGACAGAGUCCAUUGUUUAUCUCCCAAGAACAAGAAAAGCUGCUUCUUAUGAUCAUCUGCCACGCCGUCGCCGUUAAUUCAUUGUGUUUACUAUAUAUAUUUUCUCUUGAUCUUUGUAAUACUCUUUUUUAUAUAAUUUUCUAUGAAUGUAACAUAUUAUGAGUGGGCACAUGAUUAUUUCAGAGUGAAUUGUUCGCAAACGGAUGUUUUAGUUAUUUAUUGACAAUACAUGUGUCUAUGCGAUAACUUUUUUAUAUAAUACUAUUGUAUUUUUCUGCAAUUA